AGUGCGGUGCGGUCCAAGUGAAGAACUAAACGUGUUCGUUACUGUUGAAUCACGCGAUGUGAUUAAGAUUGCACGCGGUGGCACGCAAUGGUCUCACUGUACAGUUAUGUAAGCUCACAGUGGCAGUCUAUCAGAGGCUAAAGUCUGUGUCAAAUGGUAAAGUUUAAAAUAAUUUAUCAUACUGCUAACGGCAAUUUUGAUCUUUUUUCCUGUUAAUUAUCCAAAAAUUCAUGCGAAAUAAUUAAAUUCACGGCGAUUAUGUUGCUCCCACAAACUAAAAUGAAGGGUCGCUUUUAUUUAUUCUAUUCAUGUUUCGCCUGUUAAUUUAAUUUGCUUUCGAUGAGUACUUCGAAGACGACUCUGUAAGUUAUAACUUGAAGAAUGCCUUUAAUUUUCAGUUUCGUUCAGAAGAUAGUCUUUCAAAAGAAAGUCCCUUAGAAGAUAGUCUUUAGUUAUAUGUGCAGUUCAAGUAAUUUUGACGGCAAUGCCCUCUCGUAUGUUUUUAGAUUACUGUAUUUAACUGAAAAUAAGAAUUUAAAAAACAUCUGUCUUUUUCACUCUUGUUACUGUACAAAACUUGGAAGAAAGACAAACAAAUCAAAACAAAAAAAAAAUUAACAGGAUUUGCAUUUUUGUUUCAUCUCGUCGUGUGGCGGAGGGGCCGGAAAAAGGCGAGUCCGGAAAAUCGACCUACGGGUUUCGAAUUAAACGGCUUUUACGUAAUCUCCUAGUAAAACCGCACGAGUUAAUUACAAAGUCUUAUUAUAAGUGAAUUUUGUAGUUUUAAGAAUUUACUUGCUAAUUCUUCUACGUUCAAAUAUCCUUUUAAAUCUUUGAUUUCAAAGAUCUAAGAAUCCUUUUUUUUAGAUUUGGUUUUACUUCUUUUAACUUACUAGCGGGCACAGCCUUUAUUGCCAUUGCACGGAUCAACUUUGUGAAGGUGAAUUUUAUUCGUUUCUAUUUAUUGCUGUCGAUUGUAAAUAGUUGAGCAAGUAUUCGUUAUUCAUGCACACGUUGAAAGUUGUAUAUAUUAUUUAACUUUAAUUUAUUUGGUUCAAAAUAAAGAGUACACAAAUUUAUGUGUGAGGAAUGGUUUCGUAAUGUCAAUAGACGUGAAAUAAAUUCGUUGCAACAACAUUGUGCAGAUGGUCCAACGCCCGCAACAGCAGUUCAGUUAUUUUAUUUGUAAACGUUGGUGAUGAGGUAAUAAGAUUAAGGCUUCCUGUUUUGUAAGUAACAAUGAUCAAUGCGGUCCGAUUUAAAAAAAUGUUGUUUUCGUGUUUAGACUUGGUUUGCGCGAGGAAAUGAUUCAAGUUAGAUAAACUCCAUGGCAAAUGGGGAAGUAAGUGGGCGGAUAGCAGGGGAAAACGAUAAUACUUUCAUUACAUUGGACGACAUUCUUUCAAUAUCCUCCCGACACGAUUAGUUUUAUAUUUCUAGGAGAAGCGGUAACUUUUAUCUCCCUUGCGCUGUUCACCCUAUUGUCCGUACGUCCUAAAUUUUGUUGCUGUCACUAGCUGUGUAGAAUAAAAACUUUCAAUUUUUCAUUCGUCUUUUGUUGUUCCUUAUAUAAUAUUUUCUGUUACUUUCCGACAGAGUCGGCUGCGCUGCCAACCGCUGUGCAAUAUGCUUACGGAAUCCAGUCGUUAUUAUCUGAGACAAUUAUUAUCUCAAAAAUAUAUGUUUCAAAGAAAAAUUAUCAAAAGAAUGCCACUUGAUGCGGGUCCUGUUUGAGAGAUUGAGAAACUUGGUUACGCGUUGUUUUAACCAGCUUUCAUUUAAGAGGGCUCAAUUAACUCCCAGGUUUUGAACCCUAUAAUUAUUUUGUACCAUUCCUUUAUUUUAAUCCAGUUACAGCGAUUGGCAUAGCUCGUGGCACAUUUCUGGAAUACUCUGUCGCGACGGAGUGCAGCUUAAAAUACGAUACUGCAAUGUUCUUUGCUUAUAUCACUCCAUAGAACUGAGAUUGCCUAUGACACGAAAUUUUUUUUUGCAUUUUUUGGUUAAUAGCCUUAUUCAAAAUUAGAAAUAAUCGAUUUAAGCAAUUAGCGAGUUCUCCGUGAACAUUUUUUGUACAUUGAAAGUACGAUUUGGCGGCCAAAAAGUGUCUCCAUCAAGCGCGCGGCCAAAACAAUCAUAUUACAUCGUUGUGACGUAGAAAACUGUGAAGACACGUCGGCGACUAUAGUGGAGAAAGGAGUAAUCUGGAAGAGAGAACGAACGUAAUGCGUGGCCGGAGAGCCAAAUGAUGUCAGCUACGAGAAUAACAAACAUAUACAGUAUAUUUCUAUGCAAUACACUCCUAAGGAUGUAGCUGUAUGGCCAAAUGGACGCGUUUCGAUCGUCAACGUAGGGGAGGAUUUACUCUUCAAUGUCGUCAGCCCUAUGCUCCGUAACGGCUCUGAAGGCGGCUGUUACGAACACAUACCACUGGACAAAUCAGGGGAAGAUAACCGAAGAAUUCAGCUUAAAAGAAUGCUCAUUAAGGGGCCUGUUUCCAUACCGUAAACGAUUGUUCAUCACUAUUUUCGGCUGACAUGUCGCAAGCGAAGAAUGGUGAGCUCCUUAUUGUUCAGGUUUAUUUCACGCGCUUGAGACGUACUCAUACUCUUUGUCUUUCCACAUGACUACAUUAGCGCUUUUCUUAUCGCAUGAAAAUCCUACCAGUUGUAGUUUCCAUCGUAUUUUGUCACCAGGAAUACAUUAUUUGUGAUAAAGGUCAAGUUCUUUCCUGAACUGACCAAUAUCCUGUUGCGAGAACAGUGCGAAACCUUUGGCGGAUACUGGCAUAAACACAAGCUCGAAGGGGCCGUGUAAACUUGAAUCAGAUAAACUCACUCGUUUUCUGUUUGACCGGCUCCACGGCGACAGCCUCAGUCUUUGCAAUCUUUGGAUAGGCUUGCGGUAAAAACUGCCCGAUGACUUCUCGGCACAAAAUCAUCGUGCCUCGUGAUACAGCCGAUUCUUUCGUCAAAAGUUAACUUAUGGUUUGCUAAAGGAAUCAUUCUAAGGCAACGAAAAUCUAGAACACUGAGCAAGGGGAACCCUUGCCGCUCUUAGUGCGAAGGAAUAAAAUGUUGUCAACAAAAACGAACACAGCUACCCAUUCUUAACAUAGAUUUCGACAUAGAAAACAAGACACAAACGCAUCAAACUAAAAAUUGAGUGACGGGAGUUUUUUGUUCUAAUCUUGACCUGAACACCGCACGCGAGAAACCGUCCUAGUCAUUCUUCGUCGAAAUCUUUGUUUGAUGCACGCGGUUCUCCUUCGUAGGGCUGAACCGUACUCGCAACUUCCAUUUCUUCUUUACUACUUGCGUACGAUGUAUCAAAACUCUCGGUAGAGCUUGCUGAAGGUAGGUAUAGAUCACUAUCGGACAUUAUUUCAAGGGUAUUUCAACGCUGACCGAUACAAAAUUACAAGAGAUGUGAGAGAUUUGUGAGUGUCAACGGAGAGUUUUCACAGUUUUCUACGUCAUCACUCGCUAAUUCGUUACCAGUCGACGGGAUACUUAAAGACAAAAUAAGUGCACUUUAGGGCCCGAAAAAACCGAGUUUUAAGUUUUUUGAAAUCUUUCUUCUAUCGGAAUUGGUUUGUAAAUAUGAUAAGCUGAAUAUUUACGCAAAAAAAAAAAUUCGUGUCAUAGGCACUUUAAGCUACUCGCAAUAAAUGUCUUUAAGUGGACAUCCUGCAUUGCGAAUAACAUGAAAAUGUUUACAGGAAAAGUGUAUUCAAAGUAUAGAAUCUGUUUCUGGCAUCCGGAUAAAUUCUCCUACAAAACUGAGGAAGAACUGAUCCCUCUUCAAGCGGGCGACCAAAACUGCAAUUUAUUAUUACUGGGAAAAUAAGCCUCACGAUGAAAAAAUACCUGGUCUAAAAAGUAAUGAGUUCCACUCACUUAUCAACAACUCCUUGAGAAGAAUUCUGAACAUAACAUGAACAGAGAGAAAAGCAAAAGAGGUGUUAUGGGAAAGAUCAGGACAGGAACCAAUUCAAUCACAAAUCAGUCGGAGGGAGUGGCCGCACCUCGAGGAAACAUCCAGACGGUGUUACGAGGGGGUCUUGAUGGGGAUAACCGAUAGUCGUAAAACGGCCAAAACGAUUUAGCCGAUAGUCGUAAAAUGAAAUGAAAUCCACAGAGCAAACGGACUAGAGAACAACCAAAAAACAUCUGGGGGCGAGGUAUUCUGGCUGGUAUGUAGAAUUGGGGCAAAAACUGAACCACACUUAGAACGCCAGCCCAGGGCAGGAGGAGGUGAAGGAGGGUGAUGAUCGAUGGCCUAUGCUCCGGGAAAAGCUUAGGGCAUAACUAACUAAGUAACUAAAGAGUAUGUUUUGAAAAUUUCAAGUAAGUAGUGCAACACCAUAUAUUGGAAAAAUAACAGUCGGAAGUUCUUCAUAGUUACAGAAGUUUUUAAACCGAGGGUGUAAGAUGCACUUCCCAGCCAGGGGAAUGCCUUUUGCUCAGUGGCAGUCAGUGGCAUCGUGUGGGCCAAAUCCGAAGCUCUUGGGUUCGAUUCUUCGUCGGGUACUCGGGUCUUUUCUUUGUUGCAGGCUCGUGACAAAACGAUAGCACUUCUCUCUCUACUGUCCAACCUAUGUGUGUUGGAUUUUGAAUUAAGUUUUCCCGGCUAAAACAUUAUGUGGAUAAAUAAAAAUGUGAAAUCACGAAAGAAAGGAUACCAUUUGGGUACUGGUAUAAAUUUCCUGUGUAGAAAGUUAAGAAUAUGUUAAUUUUCUUUCGCAGCUUUAAAAAGGAUGUCUAAUAAUAUAGUUUCCCCUUUGACGCUCAAGGUUAUAAUUAUAAAUAGAAUAUUUCUUCAAAGUUCUUAUUUUGGUAACCUUUUUUCCGCGAACUAGAAGUUUCGCUAUUGUUUUUGUUAUCGCCAAAUUUAAGACCUGCAAAACGGUUAAAAACGUGAAGGUGUGUUUUAGUUUACUGGAUGACAUCAGAUUAUGAUAACUACAUUUCCAUCCAUGGAUGUGUAACAACGGUGUAUUAAUGAAAAAUGUGUGAGCACGAGUUUACGUCGCAAAUGGUGCUGUGUUGUUAACUGCUAUUGCCAUUAAAAUUUGCAUGUUCAGGUAAUGACUGCAUCGCAAACAUUACCAUAAAUUGCCACGUUUUCACGGCUUUCCUAGUGUAUUCUAUUACGCAGUGAGUUUUUAGUUCAAAUCAGCACGCUUUGAAAGUGGUUUAUGUUAAGCUUUAAAAUACUGCACCAUUUUUGAUCGUGUUUUUCCAGCAAAAAUACAAUUGUCGUUUCACACAUUUGAACAAUAACACUAAAUUUGAAGUGUGCGCUGUAAAUGCUAAUAAACCCUUGUUAUUGUUUGUUACGUGGCUACGCGGCGAACAUGUUAUUCACAUGCAAAUUGUAAUUUAUAUUAAGUGCAGCUUGAGCCAACGGGAGUUGAGAAAACGUUACCGCAUCGUUAGUCAAUCACAAAAACACGAAUAGUGGAAUGGAAUAUCUACGAGUAAAUAUGCCAGGCUGCUGUGACGAAGCAGAAAUGGAGUGAAAAAGCUAUGUGAUGUUGUCGGCAGGAUUGAUGACAGAGUUGUUGUUAAGGAUUCAAGCUUAGAAAUGACGUCGGUAAAUUUGGUUGUGUUUUUAGUUAUUUCCUUCGAAGCAAAGCUGACGUUAAGUUUUGUAAAAUGCCCACCUCCACAGAGCAAUUGCGGAAACAAUACGCGGAUAAACAACAGUCGAGUCAUCGACAUUAUUGACUGCGAUCUUUUGAACAUUUCCUGUGGCUCUGGCAAGGUCUGUCGACAAGGACAUUGCGUUUACGUCGAGUCAAAGUCGGACAGUCAAGAAGGUCAGAUUCCGUCGACGGACGUGUCAAUGGAAUACAAAACAGUAGCGGAGACUACAGUCUCUACAGGGUCAAACGGAAUUGGGAAACCAACUUCCACGAGCCACAGUUUGCUCUCAGGAAACCAAGAAUUUGCUAUCGCUCUUGUGGGAUUUUCAAUUCUAUUUAUAAAUUUCUGCUUGAUUUCGUUCUGCCUGGCCCGGGCAAAACGAAGGCGAAAUCAACAGAGGCGCUCGGCAACGACACAAGGAUCACAAACAGGGGAGGGUUAUUGGAAUGAAAGUCACUUGACUGGACACGAUACGUCGCAGGUUGAAUUAAAUAUGGGAAUUGAUAAUUUUGCACUCAAUGGAGAUUUGGAUGGAUUUUCAAACGGCUUUUAUGUCCCUCACGCGCGCUUACCGCCUUACGAUUUUUACUCGGCUUACGAUAAACCUCGACCCAGAUCGGAAGAAGGCGAAGAUGACGAAGAAGCAUUCGAGCCUCCUCCCGAUACUCAAAGCAUUAACGAGGAACCUCCUCCGUACAGCGAUCAGCGGUACGGAAAUACGUCCAACCCGCCAAGCUACGAAGAUGUUUUAAAGGUAGCGGUGUCCAACAUUGAGGAAAGUUCCUCAGGAUUAUGA